CUUCAAGUACAGGGUUAGUAGUGAAGCUACGUAUCUUCUAUCCUUAUAAGUUAAAAACAAGUUUUCGUAAUUUUCCCUUCAUCGACAAACUGUCAAUGGAGGCGUCGUCUUCUGGCGGCACAGGUUGGCCGCUACAGGGCCACUCAAUUUGGAACUCCCUGACAGGAGAACCGACUGCCGAACAAGCUGCCGCUUCUGGUGGUAAUUACUUAUGAAGAACGCUAGAAAGCUUCGAAAGGCUACUCUCAUUUCAGUACUAUCUCCUGAGUUAUUCUAGUCAAUUACUUACUCUUACUUGCUUAUGUCAGUUUGGUAUAGCCUGAUUUUGAUCAUAAGGGUGGAAAACAACAAGAGAAUCCAAAUCCCUGUGAUCAAAUUCAGGCUAAGUACCAAAAAAUACCGGAACCAUUCAGAUUCCGAACUUGUUGAGUGAUGUGAGCCCUUGCGCGUCCCUGCCAGUGCGGCCUGGCCGCGGAGUGAUGGACCCUCAACCUUAGCCUUAGCUUGUUGAAUGAACUGUACUUGUAGUUCUCAACACAACAUGAAGAUGAACACGAGAACAUGAACACGACACCCAAAGUAACCUCAGGUGGCUCCUCGGCUCUUGGUGGAUAUGUUGCGGUUCUCACUGCAGGCCUCUUCUUCGGGUCGAACUUCGUCCCAGCAAGAAAAUAUCCAACCGGCAAUGGCAUUUUCUUUAUGUUGCUUGUGUGAUCAAACAGAGUGAGGGGGGCUCUUUCCUUAUAAGUUUAGUUGUACUUCUAGAAACUGCUGGUAGAAUUGAGGGUACUAGUAGAACUAGGGAUAUUACAACUAGAAGCGAAUGAUAAGAAUAGUUCAAACCUUAAGCGAAUGAUAAGAAUGCCCCCUUAAGAAGCGUUACUAGAAUACUUGAUUAGAUUAUUGUUGACUACAGCAGAAGCUGCUCCAUUUAUUUCCAUGUUGAUCAUGAUCUGCCGAUACCUCCGAAGCACUAAUUAAGUUAUAUGUCGCUCAGCGUCAAAAGAUACCUCCAGAACAGGUAAAUGAAUGAAUCGCAGCGGUGCGUUGUACUUACUUAGACGCAGCCACUUUCUAUGGAGAUUACGUGUAGUUACAUAGACGCAACCAUUUAUUAUACAAGCACACUCACAUGUUCAUUUCCUUCCAGUGGCUGAUGUGCAGUGGCAUCUUCAUCACGGGAUUGAGCCUGUACUGCCUCCUAGGCUUUCCGUCCGUUCCAAGACCACACUACGCCAUGUUAGGCGGUGCCUUCUGGUGCGGAGGCAACUUGAUGGCAGUACCGAUCAUCCAGCGAAUCGGCAUGGCCCUAGGUCUCUGUGUAUGGAACGUAUGUAACAUUUAUGCGUCAGAUGAACGUGUGGUCGACAUGUGAGAACGAGAAGGAGAACGUGUCGUGGUGGUCGAGGUAAAGUUUGUCUUUAUUUUCCGUCAUCCUGUCUUUGUUUGUACGCAAGACGAUACUUCUAGACUAAGAGUGCAUCGAAGAACGUAUUUUCCCCCUCUUUCUAUGUCUAUUUUCACCCUUAUUUUGCUUUCAUACCAUGCUUAUCGGAUGGACGUCGGGCUUUCUCGGAAUACUAGGUGCAACAAAAGCGGACGUCGCCAUACCAUGGCUCAACGUCACAGGUAUCAAAUCUCUUCUAUAAUGAAGAAGAAGAAGAAGACCUCGGGAGAAUGAUGAGGAUGAAGUAGAUGAUGUCGUCUACCUAUUUAAUCUUUCUUCCUCGUAUUCUUUCAGCACUACACCAGUCUUCGUUCAGCACUACACCAGUCUUCGUUCAGCACUACACCAGACACUAGUCUUCGUUCAGCACUACACCAGUCCGGACAACUGGGACAUCUCUCAACAAACGUAAACAAGAACCAAUAACAUCCUCCAAACAUCGGCCAACAAGAUUACUACAACAAUCAACAGAGACAUUACUUACACAACUAAGACUACGCGCAAUAAUAUUAUCACCCUCAAAUCCCUCAAUCAAAAAAGAUGACUACAAAAAUAUCAACCAUAAACAAGAACAAUGUCAACCAUUGUCCAGGUGCUUUCAUGGCUUGCUGUGCUUGUGCAUGUUAUAUGGGGAUAAAGCCUACAAUGUCAAAAGGAGAGGCGAAGAAACAGCAAGAGCGCGAACAACAGGUAGCGAUGGAAAUGCAUUCGUUAGCGCUGGAGCCAAGAGUCUCCAUAGUUAAGGUCAGCUUUUAGUGUCCAUCUUUCUCGGCGUCUCGAUAUUCUUUCGUUCCCUUGUUUUCCAUGGGAAAGGGGUCGAGAGGGGGGGACCGAAAAGAUGAAGAAAAGCCGACUCUAAUAUAGAACAGAACGCUAUGGCUGGAGAUUAGCCUGAGAUGGAGGACAACUACUCGUAAAUAGUUGCACUACUAGGCAUUAUAAGUAAUAUUCGUACAGGUUUCCAGAUCCAGAGGGAGAGAGAGACGAGGAAAGAAUGCAACAAAAGGAAGCCUGAUACUUACUCGCUUCGCGGUAAUAUUGUUUCUAUUGCGGUGAAGAUAGAUACCGGAAAAGAUAGAUACCGGAAAAGAUAGAUACCGACAAGAUCAAAAAGCACAAGCAGAAGCUUAAGCAUUAGUAUGUUGGUCACGGCGUAUGUCUAGAAGACGGUGAUUGGAAAGCCUCUAAAAGGAGUGGUCCCAGAACAUCUGGAACAUUGGGACAGCUCGGCUUCGCAGAGGUUAGGCCGGCCGGUCAGCGCACGACUCUUGCAUCACCACUCAUACCGGAUCAGAUUUUUAACCCAUUGGCUCCAACAAUUAGUUAAGGCGCAUAAUAACUACUCAGCUUUCAAGGAAGGAUAAAGUUUACUUUGCUCUUCUUCAUCGUCUUGCGCUACCUAGGUUUUGGAAAAUAGGUCGUCUUGCGUUACCUAGGUUUUGCAAAAUAGGUACAGGAUCAUGAUCUUCAACUUUAUGGUAUUCAACGAAUAUCAUUCAAUUCAUUUUUAGCUUAGAGCUCGCUGCGCCGCAAGCUCUAAAUUGACGUAGUGCCUGCCGAUUCAAAGAGUGCAAGUAGCGGGAAUUUGCAGAAACUGCAUGCAAAGUCAUCACCGAACGCCAUUUAUGAUUAUCCGGUGUUGAUAGUGAUGCUGUCGUUGAUGUUCUUCUUAGGUGCAAAGGAUUAUGGUUUUGUUGAUGACAUAGACAUUGACAACAACAUCAUAAUAGUAUUACUUAGAUACUCUUACUCUUUUAUGUAGCAUCAUAUCAGAAUCACGACUAGCAAAUACUCUUGUUGACAACAACAAGAUGAUCUUUCUCAGGCGCCUCGCCGAUAGUGAUUACUCGAAAACUGAAACUAACCGAGUUAGUGACUGAAAUCUGGGACGUAGCUUUUAAGGGCUACUCUUGCUUCCUGCAGUACCUCGGUUAUCCUCGUCUGUUACCUGCUUAUUUCAGUUUAUCGAAUACUUUUUCGGCGUUUAUUUCAUAGUCGUGAAUGCUCACCUCCUCGAGGCGAGCCAGCUCCUAUCCUAGCCUAUCCUAUUAUACUUUCCUGACCUGAUUUGAGUUCCUGCUCACCGACUUACCUGUCUUGAUUUUAUCCCCGACUUUAUACUUGUACCUUUCUUGGGCUUUCAUUCCUCGCAACCUGGUAACCUGACGAGCUCAACCGGUGCUUCUGGUGUGCCCUUACCGAAGAGUAGUACGACAGGUCCCACGAUAAACUUUGCGGCUGGCGAAUCACAAGCGAGUGGAUGUUCUUUGCAUUAUGGGCUUGGUUGUUCUUGCCGUUCUGAUGCUGUUGAAGUUGAAGUACUAGUACUACAGAUGAUGAAGACGGCAGUGUACUCCUAAGUAGCCGAUACUUUGAGCUUUUUGAUCAUGCUGCGACAUUCGUUUUUGCUUGAUGUUUCAGUAUAUUAGCAGCCUCUUUUAUUUAUCGUAGUUCCAGUAGCACUAGCAGUGGCACUCUAAUUUCCUGUGGUCCAAAAUCCGACAAACACCAUGACAUCACAAGUUGAUACAGGGACGUUGCUCGAAGCCUCCGAGAACUACAAGACAUUAUGGCUCUCAUCGCUAACCAACUCUAUUUCAGAUUUCAGACCGUCAUAAAAAUGAACUACAACUCACUUCUAACGAAAGGCGGAGCCUCGUCUUCGAGUGGUUGCACCUAUUCCCCACCACACAAAAUGAUUAGUAUGGGUGGCCGCAAACUAUUCUCGUCAGCAGAUUUACACACGAGAUUAAGGCUUUAUUUUAGUACCGUAAUUCUAUUUCCUCUUGAGAACAAGCAAGGAAGCGUGUUAGUUUGUUUGACGUUGACCCUGUUAAUAUUUUCUUGAAGGAGGGGAAAACUACAUGUGAUCAAGGAAAGAUACUUCUGAUCCUUCUCCUUCAAGGUUGUAUGUAAUGAACUUGAGCAACUAAGCGCUAAGAACAGGGGGUCGCUUUUUCCCACAAAGCUCACCGGGACUGCAGAAUUUACUUGCUAGUUACAGAGGAGGCCCAUCUGCUGCCGGAGCUGCUGCCGGUGCUCAUAGACUGUCAGGGCCGACGCUGGGAGUCAAGGUCUAAUCUAUCAUAGCUGGCGUCCUUUGAAGACGUGCAACUAUAAUUUCCAAAAAUCCAAAUUGUAAUAGACUAAAAAUAGACGACGAAAACGAUAAAUGUGGGGAAUCAAUCGUAACUACGAAGUAGUAACGCAGUGUUGUACUAGUUGCAAGUGUGCUGGCACUUCGACCUCUUCUUCUAGCAGUCACGUCAUAACAACAACAUCAUGAUCACAAAAUAACAGCGAAGAAUAUCGGGUAGCCCAGGCCUUGGUGCUGGUAAACACUUGCUCUGCCAUCCGAACACUUUUGCGAGUGUGCAGUGUUGUGCACCUGCCAUGAGCUAUAUCUCAGGAAAAGACCAUCUCUUCGUAUCGAAUAUGAACUUAGCGGCAGCGGCAGCAGAGAUGAAUGUGGAAGUAGAGUUACGUGAAGAAGCAGUAGAGUUCUUACGUGAAGAAGCAGUAACAGUUCAUCAAGAUGAUAAGUUUUGGUUUAUUGCUAAAAAGAACUACAACUAGACCGGUUUUGGUAGGCAUAUUAGGCAUAGAUUUGUGAGAAGUUACUACUAGUGUGUACGUGUGAAAUGCUUUUUCUUCAUACACGGAUUUGCUGGACCCUGGCGACGACACGAUGGAGACCGAUGACGCAGCAGAGGCAGCGAAAGACCGGUUUGUAGGUACAUACAUCAACCACAACGUUGCAAUAGAUCUACUUAGUAUUAGUUAUAGUUGCUCCUAUUUUUUUUGAUUUUGAGUUUGACCUGACCCGGAGAUGCCAUUUCUGGCAGAAUGCAUCCGCAGAAUCAGAUUCAGUUUGCGUUUCUUGUUCUUUGGAAAAACUUGAACUUUGAUCUACCAAGUUUCGACAAUUUAUUUGUCGUGCUUGCAUUCUGUACUUGUUCCUCUCCCUCAGGUUUUCUCCUCUGUCUGCUCAGCGGCGUUUUGUACGGAGUAAAUUUCAAUCCGGUUUUCAACGUGAUCGAUAACUACCCUGGCGCACCCAAGAAUGUCCUGAAUUAUAUUUUUUGUUAUGAGAAGUAUGAUGUCGGAAGGCACUGUACGUGUACCUCUACCUCCUAGAUGUAGCCAGCUUCUUAUCCUUUUACCGAAAUACUCGACAGCUACAGCUAAUUGCUAUCGUCCCCUUCCCAGUUUUUAAUUCAUAAGGAUCACUGAAAACGACACUACAAAAGAUUUAAAAACUAUCCUCCCCUCACCCUUUCCAACUUUGGACCGUAGCCCGCGAAUAGGUUUACUACUACUACUACCAGUCUGUUCUGCUUCAAAGCGCUAGCCCUUGCCCUUCUAACGGAUGCAUUACUGCGGCAUCUAGACAGUUCUCCCUAGCCCUUGCCCUUCUAACGGAAGCAUUACUGCGGCAUCUACGUGGUCUCCACUAUAGCGAUGCUCAUCUAUUGCUGUGUCUCAAAAAACCGGCCAAGUUUUGUGUCGCCGCAGACGAUAUUUCCAGGCUUUCUUUCCGGCGUCGUUUGGGGAGUUGGGCAGAUAUGUUGGUAAAAAUCUCUUUGAUGUUGAUGGUCUCCGACGCAGCAGUACUUGUACAACUACCAGUACUUUUAUAUUAGGACAGUUUAUAGCACGAAUGGUGCAUGGGACGAAUGGCAUGAAUGGCGCGCCCCACUAUAUAUUUGUUACGUGAACAUACAAGGUGAUGAACCUGUGGCCGACGACUUGAUUAAACUUUUAUGUAGUUUCGGGACUCCGACUGUAAUGGCCUCGAUGAACGCUCACCCCCUCAUAGGUGAGCCAACUCCUGUCCUAUCCUACUGUAAACCUUUUAUGUAUAAUUUCGGAUCGACUCCGACUGUAAACCAAUAGGAACCAAAUCGACGAAGGUGUAAACCAACCUCCAAAUCAAAGGUUCAUUGCAAAUGAUUCCUUGGGAUUCUGCGUAGCUUAUCCACUGGUGCCGUCGGUUGCUGGUCUCGUAGCAUGUGCUUGGGGAGCAUUGGUUUUUGGCGAGAUUCAAGUUAAGGCUCAACUUUCAGUGGUCACCAUUUAGAUUGGAGUCACUGAGAUCGAAGAGGAGGGGGCCCCCUCUUGAGAGAACCCGCGGGGGAAAUAACUUCUGAAGGGAAAUUAAAGGGGAAACGGUGGAAAUAUUAACUGAAGGGAAAUUAAAGGGGAAACGGUGGAAAUAUUAUAACUGAAGGGAAAUUAAUAUUGAACGGGAGAGCUUUGAAGGUGGCCUAAAAGGGCCUCCUUCGUCGGCCCUGCCAGUUUAUGAGCUGGCGUCCUUCGAAGACGUGCAACUAGCAUCAGUGACCACUGGGCGUCGACCUUCAAUCAAGGGACGCGGAACUACCGCUUUCUUUUUGGCGGCUUCAUGUUCGUCUGCACUGCGGGAGCCUGUAUUGGGAUAUCGUCGUGA